GACGACAGCAUCGGGAAUUUGUACAUUCUUUCACAUCCAGGUGCCCACGAUCAUUGCCAAUACCGCAAUCAUGGCUCCGGGAUUUGAUCAGCUCUCCGAUCACGAUUUCGAAGACGAAAUCGAAGACAUCGACUUCAGCGACCUCAAAGAACGAUAUGAUGUGCGCAUGGAAGAAGGUCUCGAUACCUUUGUCGUGAUCGACGGGCUACCUAUUGUCAACGCCGACCAAAAAUCGAAACUCGUCAAAUUCUUGCUGAAAAGACUAAAUUCGGUCGGGAGAAUAAAGGAUGGCGAAGAAUCGAUCUUCAUGCCUAUGAACGAUCAGGGCAUGUCCGAGGGUUUUGCAUUCGUCGAAUACCAGACCCCAGAGCAAGCGGUGGCCGCCACGAAACAACUCCAUGGUGUCGCCCUCGACAAGAGACAUACCCUAGCCGUCAACAAGCUCACCGAUAUUGAGAAAUAUGGUAGAGAAGGAAGAAUUGAUGAACAAUAUGUCCCUCCAGAAAUCGAACCUUUCUCAGACCGAGAACAUCUCAGAUCAUGGCUUUUCGACGCUGCCGCCCGAGAUCAAUUUGCCAUGUUCCGUGGCGACAAGGUCGGCGUGUUUUGGAAUAACAAGAAGGAGCCCCCUGAAAUGGUAGUCGACCGGACACACUGGACACAACUAUUCGUAUCCUGGUCACCGUAUGGAACGUAUCUUGCGUCAGUACAUCAACAGGGAGUGCAAUUGUGGGGUGGAUCUUCCUUCAAGAGAAUCAGGCAAUUUCCUCAUCCUUUUGUCAGCCUUGUCGAAUUCUCCCCAGGCGAAAACUACAUAACGACAUGGUCCCAUCAGCCAAUUGUGGUGGAGGAAGGAAAAAGCCCUCUUACCCUUGAUGAAGAAGGCAAGCAUAUUGUCAUCUGGGAUAUCAGGACGGGCAAACCUCUGCGAUCUUUUGUCGCCCACGACCUUACCCCUCCUCCAGGCACCGACCCUACUGCCCUCCCUGCAAAAGCAAAGGUACAAUGGCCAGCUUUCAAAUGGUCUGCUGAUGAGAAAUAUGUGGCGAGAAUGAAGCCGCAUGAAAGUAUCUCUAUUUACGAAGCGCCAAGAAUGAACCUACUCGACAAGACGUCAGUGAAAGCCGAAGGAAUCGUGGACUUCGAAUGGGCCCCGGCAAUCACCCAACGAGAAGGUGUCAAGACAUACGAAUCACUUCUCUGCUACUGGACACCGGAAAUGGGUUCCAACCCCGCCAAGGUCGCCCUGAUGUCUGUUCCUUCCAAGGAAAUUGUCCGGACGAGAAACCUGUUCAACGUUACGGAUGCGAAACUGCAUUGGCAGUCUGACGCGAAGUUCAUUUGUGUCAAGGUCGACCGGCACUCCAAAUCCAAGAAGUCCCUGGCCACGAACCUCGAGAUUUUCCGCAUCAAAGAGAAGGGCGUCCCUGUGGAAGUCGUGGACAGCCUGAAAGACACAGUCAUCAACUUUGCAUGGGAGCCCAAGGGUGACCGCUUUGUGCUGAUCACCGCUGGCGAAGCUGUUGCAGGCUCAAAUGUCCUGCCCAAGACCUCUGUACAGUUCUUCGCCCCUGAAAAGGUCAAGGGUGCAGGCACUGGAGCAUUCAAGCACGCCCGCACAUUUGACAAGAAGAAUAGCAAUGGCAUCUACUGGUCACCUAAGGGUCGAUUCGUGGUUGUCGCCACUGUCAGCGUGCAACAGCAUUCUGAUCUCGACUUCUACGACCUCGACUACGAAGGCGAAAAGCCUGAGAGCGAGGCACAUCUGAAUGCCAAUCUGAUGCUCAUGAAUUCCGAGGACCAUUAUGGCAUGACGGACGUAGAAUGGGAUCCCACGGGCAGAUACGUCACCACUAGUGCCAGUGUCUGGACACAUCAGAUGGAGAACGGCUACAAGCUGUGGACAUUCUAUGGCCAACUCCUGGCUGAAGCACCGACGGAGAAAUUCAAACAGCUGCUAUGGCGUCCUCGACCGCCAACAAUGCUGUCAAAGGAGGAACAACGUACGAUUCGACGCAAUCUGCGUGAGUAUUCCAGAGAGUUUGAAGAGCUCGAUAAGGAAAUGGAGGAGGGUGCCAACCUGGCUGUUGUCGAGGCCAGACGGAGAUUGUACAUGGAGUGGUACAGCUGGGUGGCUCAAGAGAAGGAGCUGCUCAAGGAGGAACGAGAGGAAUUGGGCUUACCAGAUCCAGAGGCUGAGCUGCAACUCCAACGCAUUAAGAGUCAAGACGAGGAAGAGAAGGUCGUGGAGGAGGUCGUGGAAGAGGUCAUCGAGGAGACAGAGGAAAUUGUGCAGUAGAUUCGUGCAGCAAUACUGGACGGUCAUGCAUAGCACGCCUGCAGCUAAGCGAUGAUGGGAGAAGUGCAUAUGAGAAUGGUCCUCAACGUCCUGUCGGGCAUGUAGGUGUGUUCCUCUUAUAGUGCAUCGAAGAGCGAAAAAAGCAAAAAAAGCACGAGUUGCCAUUACACACACCUAUCACUGGC